GUUCAGAAGAGUUUUUGUCUCGUAAGAUUCAUUCAUUCACAGACAAACAGCAGUUUUUAAUGACUUUGUUACACAUUUGGCUGACGAAUAAUAUAUUUGAUGGACGGUUAACAAACUAUGCAUUAUUGUUGACGUGAGUAUUCAUACUUUGGGACUCAUACAGUCUGACUCUUACAUAAUAGAGCCACAAAGAUCUACAAUCCAGACCAGAAGCCUGUAGGAAGACAGUAAAAUGGAGGCAAGAACAGUCUGGCUGUGUUUAUCCCUGCUGCGUGUGACCUGGGUUCUGCUGCCUCAGUCUGGCUACAUCCAUCCUGAUGAGUUCUUCCAGUCUCCUGAGGUCAUGGCAGGAAAGGUGUUGGACUACAAGGUGCACCUGACAUGGGAGUGGGACGAAGACUUCCCGGCAAGAUCGCCCGUCUUUCCUUUCCUCACAUCAGGAAUUCCUUUCCUGGUUCUGAAGGCCAUGAACUAUCUCGGUCUUCUCCCAGACUCCAUCGGAGCUUAUUCUCUAUUGGUUGCACCAAGACUGUGGACAACAUUUCUCUCAUUCUGCAUAGACUUUUGUUUGUAUAAGAUCUGUAGCAGUGUUAAGACAAAGUGGAUGGGUUUGGAGAUGGACGCAUUCAGGUGUAUGGCAGUGUAUUCUGCCUCUUAUGUGACUCUCGUCUUCUUCACUAGAACAUUCUCAAACAUUCUAGAAACUGUACUUUUUGUAGUCAUUAUUGGACUUGUUAUUGAUUCUAUCAAAGGUGGUGACCCUGAAAAUGGGUCCGAUAUUGUUGGUAACCGAUAUUUGUCUAAAUCUCAUUCGGUACUAUUGUCAGUGCUAAUUGUAGUAGGGUUUUUCAAUCGACCAAAUUUUCCUGCUUUCGCGUUUGUGCCAAUGUUGUACUGGGCAUUCUAUCCAGUUGGCCAAAGCAAAGGCUUGUGGCUGAAGAUGGCGAUUCUAAAAUGCUUGCAACUAGUGCCAGGAGCAAUAGUGACAUUUGUAAUAUUUGUUGCCUGUGACUCUAUCUACUUUGGCUCACUUGAGGUCCACUCUCUAUCGUUGGACACUUUCUUACAUUCACCAUCAGGGUUUGUGCGCAAUCUUACUGUCACGCCUUUGAACUUGCUGAGUUACAACUUUGACAAGUCAAAACUUGAGCAGCACGGACUACAUCCGAGAGUGACACAUCUCCUUGUCAACACUCCCCUUCUGUUUGGUGUACUCGCUAUUCUGGCAUUUUUUGAUAUCCCUCGACUUGUAUUGAAAAUCUUCAGUUGUUUGAAACAUGGGGGAAACGCAACAGAAAUCGAAAGCAGAAUAGGGCACGGUAAAGGCUGGACUGUUGCCAAGUUUUGGAGUCCUAAGGACAUGUUCUAA